AUGGCUGAAGAAAGAAACGAAGAUUAUUCUAAAAACGACGACGCAAAAACCAUUACCGGUCACUACAUAAUGGACGGUAUACCUAAAUUCACCGGCGACGAAUUAACGUACUCAUCAACGAAAUGGGUGCAAGAUAUUGAUGACAACGCAGAAAUUUUCGGUUGGACAGGCCAACAGAAACUCAUCAUCGCAAGGAGGUCGCUCGCCGGAACGGCACAACUCUGGCUGAGAACUGAAAAGGUAUUUAAGACUUACGACGAGCUAAAGACUGCGCUACAGAAAGAAUUCCCUGAAGCGAUCAACGUCAAACAGAUGCACGAGAUGAUGAGCGCGCGAAAAAAACGUGCAGAUGAGACGUACUAUCAAUACAUGCUAAUCAUGAAAGAGCUUGGCAGAAGGGCGAAGUUCCCUGACUACGUGGCUAUCCAGUACAUCAUAGAUGGAAUAUCCGAUUUCGAGUCGAACAAACUACUAUUUUAUGGCGUGACGACGUAUCCAGUACUUAAAGAGAAAAUUACACUUUACGAGGCGUUCAAGCAAAAGACAAAAAAGCAAGAUGCUACAAGACGCGAUUCAAGACCGAAACCUGCGAAAGUGAUAUAUCCUGUAACAUCAAAAGUGCAGCCACGAUGCUACAAGUGCGGCGAGUGUGGACAUUUGUCGAGUAAUUGCACGAGAGGCGUCAAAUGCUUUCGUUGCAAUUCAUACGGCCAUAUUGGAGCAGAGUGCAAACGGUCGUCGAGCGCGGAGAUUUCGAAGGAGAGAAAAUGUCUCUCAUAG